CCCCACCCCCCCUCUCUCCUCCGGGGUGACCCCUCCCCCCCCGGAGACUCCUGGUUAGAGGCUCGUGGGGGCUGCACAGGAACGUAAUUACCGCGCGUGUCACUAUUAGCAUCAUUAUUCAGAGCUGCUUGUCUGCUGGUGUGUUAGAGUGACAGCAGAGCAGUGCAGAGAGGCAGCAGGGCAUCAUGGCGAGUCCCGGACAGAAAGUGGUGCUGAUCACUGGCUGCUCCUCUGGUAUUGGCCUGAGGAUGGCUGUGAUGCUGGCCAAUGACGCACAGAAGCGCUAUCACGUCAUAGCAACCAUGCGUGAUCUGAAACGUAAGGAUAAGCUGGUGGAAGCAGCCGGGGAUGCUUACGGAAAAACUCUUUCUUUGGCUGUGUUGGACGUCUGCAACGAUGACUCCGUCAAACAGUGUAUCAACGGCAUCAAAGAUCGACACGUGGAUGUCCUCAUCAAUAAUGCAGGUAUCGGCCUAGUUGGUCCACUGGAGAGUAUCCCCAUCGAAGAGAUGAAGAAAGUGUUUGAGACCAACUUCUUCGGGGUGAUCCGCAUGAUCAAGGAGGUGAUGCCUGAUAUGAAGAAAAGGAAAGGAGGACACAUCAUCGUGGUCAGCAGUGUGAUGGGGCUGCAAGGUGUGGUGUUUAAUGAUGUGUAUGCAGCUUCCAAGUUUGCUAUGGAGGGCUUCUGUGAGAGUUUGGCUGUGCAGCUCUUGAAGUUUAACGUCACACUGUCACUGAUCGAGCCGGGACCGGUGCACACAGAAUUUGAGGCAAAGAUGAUUCAGGAUGUGAAGCAGAAGGAGUAUCCUGGAACUGAUCCUGACACGGUGCAUUACUUCAAAAAUGUCUACCUUCCUUCUUCUGUUGACAUCUUUGAGACACUGGGACAAACACCUGAUGACAUCGCCAGAUGUACCAAGAAAGUGAUUGAAGCGAGUAGCCCGCGUUUCCGUAACCUGACCAACCCACUGUACACUCCCAUCGUAGCGCUGAAGUACGCUGAUGAAACUGGAGGCCUGUCUGUCCACGCCUUCUACCACAUGCUCUUUAACCUGGGCCCUCUAAUGCACGUCAGCAUGACCGCCAUGAAGUAUCUCACCUGUGGAUGUCUGAGGAGCAGGACAAUUUCACCAAACUAGAAACUUGUAACGUGUAGACAAAUACGAACAGACCAAAAUCUGGGCUCAGAUUAUCAGAGGGAAAAACAAACAUGUACAUUAAUGGUGUCAAACAGUUCAGAAAGUUUUGUGACCUGCCACACUGUAUUGUAAAAAACAGUCCUAUUUUCUUGUCUUUGUAUAGACCUUGUAGCUUAUGAAUGUACAGAUACCAGUUUAAAUACUACAUAUUCUAUCAUUUGUUAGCCUACCCAGCGUGCCAAAUUAGUAGAGUUUGCAAGUGUGUACUGUAGCCUGAUUUCAUUAUCUAUACCCAUCAGUCCCACACAAUGUCACAUUUCAUGUUGUUUUACAAAGAAAAAGAAGACAUAUAUAAAGAUAGUCCAACACAUAACACAUUUGUAGCCCAUGUUUUUGCAUCUAUGUACAUAUUUUUCCAUCUGUGUAUUGGAGCAAGUAUUUUGGCAUUAAAAUGUGUCAUUUAUAACUUGUUGUGUUAGUGCUUCCUGUUAUAAUAUAUUAUUGGCAGUUAUUGGCUUAUAUGUUGCCUGAUAGUUUCUGUUACAAGAACUUUCCUUUUGGAGAUUAAAAAUGCCCUGCCUGUGUUACAUAUCUUUAUCUUAAAGUUUGAAAGCCACAUUUGAAGGAUAAUUGUUAAAAAUCUGUCCAUCAGCCAUGGACCCAUUAAUUACACCUGGACACAGCCGUGAAGCCAAAGUAACAUUA